GCGUCUCCUUCAUUCGCAGGCUGGGCGCGUUCGCGGGAGGACGGCGACGGAGGCAGGCGCUCUUGGGACCUCGCGGGCGCGCGUCGUCUCGCUCUUGCCGGCGUCCCUGCGAUUUGGGGAAGGCGCGAGGCGGCGGCCGGGCGCGGGAGGAGCGCGGAGGAGCCAUGGGCGCCGGGAGCUCCACGGAGCAGCAGAGCCCGGAGCAGCCUCAGGCGGGGAGCGCCACGCCGGCCGAGCCCGAGCCCAGCGGCGGCGGCCCCUCGGCGGAGGCGGCGCCGGACACGCCCGGGGACCCCGCCGUCGCCGCCGCGGACCCCGCCAGCAAGCUCCUCCAGAAGAACGGUCAGCUGUCCGCCGUCAAUGGCUUACCUGAGCCAGGAGAGGUCAGCCUCCAGGAGGAAGCCCUGAAUGGCCAGGAGGAAGAAGUCGUUGUCCUAGAUGUUGGACAGAGGGACACUGAAGAUGUGAGUGAGAGAGACUCCAAUAAAGAGAUGGCGGCUAACUCGGCGGUGGUUCCUGACAUCACAAGUGAUGGGCAGGAGAUGUCUGAAAUAAUUGAGCAGGUUCCUUCUUCAGAAAGCAAUUUAGAAGAGUUAACACAACCCACUGAGUCCCAGGCUAAUGAUGUCGGAUUUAAGAAGGUGUUUAAGUUUGUGGGCCUUAAAUUCACUGUGAAAAAGGAUAAGAGCGAGAAGUCCGACACUGUGCAACUACUCACUGUCAAGAAGGAGGAAGGCGAGGGAGCGGCAGGGGCAGGCGACCACCCGGAGCCCAGCCGGGAGGCGGGGGAGGCCACCGCCAAAGACAGUGAACUCCAGCAGUCCACAGAGAAACCCGAAGAGGCCCUCAAGCAUGAGCAGAGCCACCCAGAAAUUCCUCUUCAAGCUGACUCUGCCCAAGCAGCAGAGGAGGGCAAAGACGAGGGAGAAGACAAACAGGAAAAAGAGCCCAGCAAGUCUCCGGAAUCCCCGACCAGUCCGGUGACCAGCGAAACAGCAUCGUCCUUCAAGAAAUUCUUCACUCAAGGUUGGGCCGGCUGGCGAAAGAAGACCAGUUUCAGGAAGCCAAAGGAGGAUGAGCUGGAAGCUUCAGAGAAGAAGGAACCAGAGCCAGAAAAAGCAGACACAGAGGACAAAGAAAAGGCAGAAGAUAGCUCUGGGCAGCCCACCGCGUGUGACCAGCCGCCCCCACAGGAGCCCACGGGGGGUGUCCAGGAGGCCAGGUUAUCGGCCGAGUAUGAGAAAGUAGAGCUGCCCUCGGAAGACCAAGUCGGUGGCUUGCAGGCCUCUCCUGAAGAGAAACUCGCUCCAUUAGCAACAGAAGUCUUUGAUGACAAAGUAGAAGUCCAUCAAGAAGUUGUUGCAGACGUCCACGUCAGCACUGCGGAGGAGGCAGAGGAGCAGAAAGCUGAGGUAGAAGAAAUGGUGGAAUCUUUGCCGCCUGAAAAAUUAGUUGAAACAGAUGUCGAACCUCAGGAAGCGGAACCUGCCAAGGACCUGGUAAAGACCAAAGAAGCCUAUGCCCCCGGAGGGGACCACAUCCAGGGACCUGAACUAAGUCCAGAUGACAAAGUGUUGCCCAAACACCCUGAAGGUGUCGUGAGUGAGGUGGAAAUGCUGUCCUCACAAGAGAGAAUGAAGGUGCAGGGAAGUCCACUAAAGAAGCUGUUUACCAGCACUGGCUUAAAAAAGCUUUCUGGAAAGAAGCAGAAAGGGAAAAGAGGAGGAGGAGGAGAUGAAGAGUCGGGGGAACACGGUCAACUUCCAAUAGAUUCUCCAGAUAGCAAUGAUGAGCAGAAGGGCGAGAGCUCCGCUUCCUCCCCCGAGGAACCCGAGGAGAUCACGUGCCUGGAGAAGGGCAUGGCGGAUGCGCACCAGGAUGGGGAAGUCGAAGAAGGAACCACUUCUGACGGUGAAAAAAAGAGAGAGGGUGUUACUCCCUGGGCGUCUUUCAAAAAGAUGGUGACGCCCAAGAAACGUGUCAGAAGGCCUUCCGAAAGUGACAAAGAAGAUGAACUGGACAAGGUGAAGAGUGCCACCUUGUCUUCCACGGAGAGUGCAGCCUCUGAAAUGCAAGAAGAAGUAAAAGGAAGCGCAGAAGAGCCAAAGCCGGAAGAACCAAAGCGCAAGGUGGACACGUCAGUAUCUUGGGAAGCUUUAAUUUGUGUGGGGUCAUCCAAGAAAAGGGCAAGAAAAGGAUCAUCUUCUGAUGAGGAAGGAGGACCAAAGACGGUGGGAGGAGACAGCCAGAAAGCAGAGGAGGCUGGAAAAGACAAAGAAACAGGAGCAGACGCUGUGCUUGCUAGUUCCCAAGAACACGAUCCAGCGCGCGGAAGUUCCUCCCCUGAGCAAGCUGGAAGCCCUUCGGAAGGGGAGGGCGUUUCCACCUGGGAGUCGUUCAAAAGAUUAGUCACCGCAAGAAAAAGAUCAAAGUCAAAACUGGAAGAGAAAAACGAAGACUCUGCAACUGGGACUGGUGUAGAACAUUCAGCUUCAGACGCUGAACCUGGGAAAGAAGAAUCUUGGGUUUCAAUUAAGAAGUUCAUUCCUGGACGAAGGAAGAAAAGGCCAGAUGGGAAACAAGAACAAGCUGUGAUUGAAGACACGGGACCACCGGAGGUCAAUGAAGAUGAUGCCGACGUCCCAGCCGUGGUACCCCUGUCUGAGUACGAUGCUGUAGAAAGGGAGAAAAUGGAAGCGCAGCAAGCCCAAAAAAGUGCCGAGAAGCCUGAGCAGAUGGCAGCUGUUUGUGUGUGCGAGGAGCUCAGUCAGACUCCGGUUCACGCAGUGGCCGUGGCUGUGGUUGACGGGACGAGGGCAGUUACCAAUGUUGAAGAGAGGUCUCCUUCUUGGAUAUCUGCUUCAGUGACAGAACCUCUUGAACAAGCAGAAGAAGAUGAAGCCACAUCAUCAGCUAGGGAGGUAUCUGAAAGAGAAGUGAUUGCAGAAGAAACCCCCACGGUUACCAAACCUGUGCCGGAGAACAGGGAUGCCCGUGACAACACGAUCGUCAGUGAGGUGCAAUUAACUUCUGAAGAUGUGCCAGCUGCAGAAACGACAGAGGCGUUUUGUGCUGAAGAAGCAACUGAAGCAUCUGGUGCUGAAGAGACCACAGAAAUGGUGUCAGCAGUUUCCCAGUUAACCGACUCCCCAGACACCACAGAGGAAGCCACACCGGUGCAGGAGGUGGAAGGUGGCGUGCUAGACGUGGAAGAGCAGGAGAGGCGGACUCAAGAGAUCCUACAGGCGGUUGCAGAAAAAGUGAAAGAGGAAUCCCAGCUGCAUGGCACCAGUGGGCCAGAAGGCACAGUUCAGACCAUGCAGAGAGUAGAAUCAGAGCCGCCAGAGAAGCUGGAAGAAGCGGAAGAGGGUCCAAAGAGAGAUACGGAUGUUGUGUUGCAAGUACAUGGACAACAGACUAAAACUGAGCAUUUUACACAGGGGAAGGUCAUGGUACAAGCCACCCCAGAAAGCUCUGAAGAAGCUCCUCAAGUCACAGAGAGUGUAGAGUCCAGUGAGCUUAUAACCACUUGUCAAGCUGAAACCUUAGCUGGGGUCAAGUCACAGGAGAUCACAGUGGAACAGGCUAUCCCCCCUGACUCGGUUGAAACCCAUACAGACAGUGAGACCAAUGGAAGCACCCCCGUAGCAGACAUUGAAGCUCUAGAUACAACACAGCAAGACAAGAUUGUGGAAAUCCAUACAGAUAAUGAGGUCGCAUCUGGUCCCCAGUCAGCAGUCACAGAGGCAGAGUCAGUUCCUGCUCAGAAAGAGAAGCUUCCAGCACCUUCUAGUUUUCAAUCCCAGGAAGAAAAUGAAGAGCAAUCAAAAGUGAAAGAUGUCCCAGAACAUCCAGAUAAAGCGCCCUCAGUGGAAACCGUACCCAUUCUGUCGAAGACUGAGGUGAUUCAAGAGGCCGGCCGGUGUGCCGAUGAAGAAACCAAAGACAUACCAUCUGUCGAAGGACUUGAAGUGUCUGUAGACACAGAUGCACCAGUCAGUCAGGACAAGGUCACUGAAGUUGCCCCUAAAAGCGAAGUCACGACAGAAGCUGAAUGUCAAAAGAAUGGUAAUAUUGAAAUCCAGAGUCCUACUAAGUCUCCUCCAUCCCCAGUGGAGAGAGAGGUGGUAGUUCAAGUAGAAAGGGAAAAAAUCAAAGAAGAGCCAGCCCAAGUGAGUGAAGAGAAACUUGAGCAAGAAACAGGUGUUACUGUAUCUGACAAGCUCAGCAGGCAACUGGUUCAGACAGUUAACGUGACCAUCAUAGACAGGGAGAAGGAAGUUAGCAGUUUGGAAGGCAGCCCUCCUCCUUGCCCAGGUCAAGAGGAGGCAGUGUGCACAGAAGUUCAAGUUCAGAGCUCCGAGGCAUCAUUAUUAGCUCUAACAGCUGCAGUAGUGGAGGAGAAGGUCUUAGGAGAAGCUGUCAAAAUUUUAGAGACAGGUGAAACUUUGGAGUCUGCAGGUGCACAUUUAUUACUGGAAGAGAAACCUUCUGAAAAAGAUGAAGACUUUACAGCUCAGCCGGGAGAAGAGGCCGAGCCCACAGGGCCCGAGUCUCAGGCAGAAUCAGUACCAGUACCAGCAUCCGCCACUUGCGAAAAAGCCUUCUGUUCUGUCCUGGAAGGAGAGAAGACCCCAUCACAGAAAUGGAAGUCAGAUGAAGUCAGUGAGCAGGUUGUUCAUCAGGAAGUGAAAGUGAGUGUAGCAAGAGAGGAAGACGUAAAGGCUGACAGUGAGAUUUUGGAAUUUGAGACUGAGAGCAGUAAACUCGUCCAAAGCAUAAUUCAGACCGCUGUUGACCAGUUCGUACGUACAGAAGAAACAACCACCGAAGUGUUUACAUCCGAUUUACAAACACAGGCCCACGCGGUAAAAGCGGACAGUCAGGCGGCUGGACAGAAAACGGAGACAGAAGACAGUGAAGGUGAGGUCUCCGCACCUGAAAUACCAAUGGUCGCAGCCAAAGAGGAGCCAGAGCUAACCGCCGCGGGACAGGUCCAUUCUGAGAUAUCCAAAGAUGUGAGUGAAGCUUCAGAAAAGAUCAUUGAGGUAGAAAGUUCCAGUGUAAAUGACCAACAGCUUGAAGAGAUCAUUCUGCCACCCGAGGAAGAGGGAGAUGGAACUGGAAGACAGUCUGUGCCAGAAGGCGAUGGUGGUGCCAUGUUAGGAGAAAGAAUAGAAAAGUCACAAUCUGAAUCCAAAGAAGAUGAAGAAGGUGAUGCUGUCGAUUACCCUGAGAGCCAGGACUCAGCCCUGGCCGAUGCUCAUGCCUCAGGAGGCUUAACCAAAGAGUCCCCGGAUACAAAUGGACCAAAACGAAAAGAGAAGGAAGAUGCCCAGGAAGUAGAAGUUCCGGAAGGAAGAGUGCACAGUGAGUCAGAUAAAGAGAUCAGAACCCAAACACAGGAGGAGAUACGGAAAGAAGAGAGGGAACGAGCAAAGUCAGAACUUACGGAAUCCUAAAACAUCAUUUAAACUCAUUGUCUGUUUGCAAGACCAGAAUGUGAAGACAAGUAGUAGAAGAAAACGAAUGCUGCUGCUGAGACCCAAGACCAGUAUUUCAGAACUUGGAGCACUGGAGGGCAGGCACGUGAACUGAGCUUGUUUCUAGAGAGCCCCUGACAAUCCUGAGGCUUCUUCAGGAGCUAUAGCCGUAUAACAUUGCCUCUUUUCAAGACCACCCUACUAUUCUAUUCUCCCUCGAUACCAUAUAAUGUUUCUGAUUUAAGGUUCUAAAUUCCUAACCUGGAACUGGAGAUGGAAAUACCUAGUUCUGCUUCUCAAACUGGAGUAUCAUUCUUUAUGUAUUUAUAUGUAUGUUUUACGUAAUCCUCCUUGUGUAUCUAUUGUAUAUUUUUUUCUUAAUAUGGAUAUUAAUGUUUAUGGAAAUGUGCAGGAUAGUACAUGUCAUUUGUAUCCUACAAUAUAUGACGGGGCACGCAGCCAUGGUGAAGCCUUGGGGAGCUUCAGAGCCUCAGUCAUAACCUGUGAAACACAGAGCUUCCUAGAAAUAACAUUCCUGAUCAGGAGGUACAGUUCUCAUUGUAAAAUUCAAUAAUGAUUAGGUCCGUGUUUAGAAGCACUCUGAAAUUGGUCACUUUCCUAUUAGGCACAGUGUGCUAAAAAUAGAAAGCAUUUUUAAACAUACAGAAUGUUCCAUUGUUACUGUGAAAUUUUUCUUUCCAGCCCAGUGAAGGUUGGAAAGAAGUUUUUUCCAGUAGCAGACAGAUUAACUUUUAAGUCUUUUCUCCUACUUGUUGGACGGUUGUUUAGACAGAUGAGUGUGCUUAACCCUGAGGCAAAGUAGUGAAAUGUUUUUCAUGUUACAAAGAAAAGAAUUGACUGUUGUUAAGUUUUUACUUGUACUCUUCUAUGCUGGACCACAUUCACAUGCAGCAUGAUAUAAGUCAGGUUCUUAACAAAUGGUAUUUUGAUAGAUACUGGAUUGUGUCUGUGCCAUAUUUGUGCCCUUUCUUCUAAGAACAGUGUUGCGUAUUAUGUUCAUUUGGAUAAAGUGUGAUUUGACGAUGGAUUUAAAUAAAAUAUUUGCUUCACUUAGAUUUGCUGUUUUUUUAGAUACUAGGAAUCCUGAGAACUAUGUUUACUGCAUUAGAAUAAGAUAAUGACGGAUAACCUGGAACUUUCCAAUGUAGUCACUACAAGGAAACAUCUCUCUACACUGGUUUGAGUUGGACGUUCAGAGGGAGUCAAAGCUGAGAUGCUUUUGCUGAAAUAAACCAGUAGCUUUUCAGGUUGAUAUUACUGGUACAAUUUUACUGUCUGGUAAUUCCUGAAAAAGUCAGUGUUCUGUGUUAGUAUUUUUGGUUUCAAACAAUGACAAAUGUCUCUAGAGAGAAAUUUUAAGGUAGCUUACUAGUAAAAAGGCCUUGCCUAAAAUAAAAGGUGAUCUUGGAAAAUUUUUUAAAUGUCGGAACGGUGAGUCAUCCUAAUACAUGAAGAAUUUGUCAGGCAGUUGCCACACACAGAACAGUCUGUCACUUGGCUACCGUAGAGUUCUACUUUUUUCGCAUAUAGAAUUGGCCUGCCGUGUAGCUGCUUAAAUUGUACUGAAACUCACCACUCCCAUUUGAGAAUUUAAAUUUCAACUGCCAAUUAUGAUUUUUAAAGCAUAACAUUCUAGAAAGCCUACUUCUGGCAGAGAGAAAAUUUGCUGUUAAAAUGUAAAGUGUUUUCUCUUAUGUUAACAAACCUGACUGCAUAAAUAAUUGGCCAUGUUAGUAAGACACCUCAUGAUAACAGUGUAUACAGGCUUGUAGUUGGAAAACAUUUAAUACCCUUUUAGGAGUUAUUCUCCAAUAUAUAUAAUAGCCACCUGUGCUUCAUUAUUAAACUUUAAAAUUCCCAAGUUCGACAAACUUCUAUUCUAAAUCUUUUUUUUUUUCUUCUUUUGGCCCACUGAAACUUAAAUCCAAGUGCUGCAUUUAAGUUGAAGAUCAGCUGAAAAGUAUUGAGAUGACAGCAAUUUGUAAGGUGUUCAUACCAACUGACUUCCUAUGGCCGGAAGAAACUUUUUGCUGUUUUGAACAGAUUGAAGAUUUGUGUAGUUUGUAGAAAACGGAUUUUUUUUUGUUGUUGUUAAAUUCCAUCCUGCCACUUCAUUCUGUGUGUCUUUUCUUACCACCUGUGACUGGGUGAUUCUGGCCAUCACAAGGGGGGUUUUCAGUGGUAGCUGUUUCAUGACGGUGCUUUGCAUGCUAACCUCUGGAUGUGCCCCCGGAUUACUUCUGCACAAGCUCUGUGUCUAUGUUCGCUGAGCAACCUUGUUUUAUUAACAAGAGGAACACCGGCAGUAGCAUGAAAUGCAAUUGUUUUCAUAAUUCUAAAGCAGCUGUUAACUUAUGAAGUACAUAAUUACCAAAUGUAAACUGCAAGAGUUGGAGCAAGUGCCUAAAUUUUGCUAUUUUUGGCAUUACUGUGGAGCCAUGUACAGUAGAAAGCAAUGCAAGACUUAUAAACUCAUGCCACUUCUUGUAAUUGAGGAAUAUAAAAUGUUCCCCCUCAGGUUAUUUUGCUUCUGGUACCCAUGAGUUGCCUCUCUCUGUACAUAGAUAUGUUGUUCCAGUACUUUCCUCCAAUGUUUGGAUCUACAGAUAGUCAAGGGCUGGAAAUUUUAGCUUGGAGUUUAGCAGUUACCUCUGAUCCGAAACAAUAUUUGGAUUCCCUAGUUCUGUUUGGGGGCAAAUUUUCAUAUAUCUAAAUAAAAUGCAAUGUAAUUAAA